UUUCGUUUUUUUUUUUGCUCUUCGCCAUGGGGUAAUAUCAACUUACACAAAAAUAUUUUGGGGUAAUGAUUAAAAAAGUUCCCCGACCGCUGUUCUAUACAAAGAAAACACCAGACACAUCAAUCACAAUUCAUUUUCUACGUGAAAUCUUUGCUCGAUUUGGUCUACCUGAGAUCUUAGUAAGUGAUAAUGCAAGCAUUUUUAAGUCACAAGAAUUUCAAGAGUUUUGUUCGAGAAACGGAAUCCGUCAAAGUCUAAUAGCACCGGGACACCCAGCCACAAAUGGCCAGGCUGAAAGAUACUGCCACACCUUAAAAACACACCUCAAAUGUAUGAAGCAUGAAACUGGUACCUUACAUCAGAAGCUUCAUGAACUAUUAUUCCGAUAUAGAGCGACUCCCUUAUCUAACGGGAAAAGUCCAGCAGAAAAUCUAUUAGGACAUACAAUAAGAACAAAAUUAGAUUUGCUCAAACCCCAGGCACAAGCUUCCGAAAAGAACAUAACCGAACAACCGAAAUUCUACAAAUUUUAUCGUGUGGGAGAUCGUGUACAAUCCCGAAAUUACACAACUUCCGGUCCUUGGAAAUAUGGUAUCGUAGCUGAACGACUAGGUCGUGUACACUACUUAAUUGAACUCGACGAUGGAUACGUAAUAAAAAGGCAUUAUGAUCAACUACGUCUGUGUGAAAUUAACAAACAGACAACUCCCGUCCAGAUAGGAUUCGACUUCAACAAAAAGAAAAUUGACAAGUGCAACGACACAGUAAACAAUAGGGACUUAUCCUCAGCUAGCGCUAGUACACACCCUAGCACAAUUAGCUACGACGAAGGAACUGUAAUGACAUUACGCAACAAAAAGGAGACAAUGACAAAAACAACUUCAGACCAGCCCCCAGAGAAAGAGGGAGAAUCUAGCCGAACGAUAACAAAUGGAAAUGAGUCGGAACCUCGAAGAUCAACACGAAUACAGAAUCCAGUACAACGCCUAAAUCUCUAAACGAACAAAUUUAAAUAACAUUUUAUUAAGUGUGGGAGAAUUGUUAUGUAUGUAAACCGCCAGGGGAUGACCGCUACCGGGAAUUGCCUCUUGACCUACUUAGGUCACCUCACACCUCCAACCUCGUGUGUGUUCUUUGUCUCAACGAGCUGUCUUUAGUUUUUUGUAACCCCUAGACCUGGACAUGAUGAUACGUUGUUCACUCAUAGUUACGUUUAUGUUAAUAAAGCUAGUUAUAUAUGUUUACGAGUUAUCGUUAUUUCCACGAACAUAACACGCAUUGACCAUUUAAAAUAUACAAUUUGUACGACUUAAUCAAUUGUAAAAAACUUUUUCCUUUUUGAUUUAUUAAAUCAUUUGAUCUUCAAGAAUUUAAAACAUUAGUAUUACUCCCAGCAUAAAAAUUAUCUAGUUCCUUGCCUAUUCUAGCAUUCAUGUCUUCCAAAAUAACUAUAUCAUCCUCAGAGAAAUGAAUCAACAAGUCUUUCAUUUUUUUAACAGUACAUUAUAAAGAUUUAUUCUCAAAUAAACAAGAACAAUUAUCAAACUAUAACUAGGUGAACAAAAAUUUUUCUUAUAAUUAAAUCUAAUCACUAUUAGAUUGUCAGAGUUAAACAACAUUUUCAAAGAACCUAAUUUUUGGGAAACUGCAAGAAUGAGAAUACCAUAUGGAUGACCGGAACCAAUUGGUUUUCUAGCAAAUUGUUCAUAUAAAAACAAAUCUGGGUUCAACAAAGAAAGUACCGGUUUAUAAGAGUUAGUUGACCAAGUCUCAGUAAAACCAACUAAAUCAUAAUUUAGCAAUAAAUAUAUAAACUCUUGGUCAUUCACUGUCAAGUCCAGCAUUUCUUGACAAUUCCAAGACAAUAUUCUCAUUACUAAAGUUUUA